ACGCUAAAACCCGCGAUUCCUAAACCUUCUCUUGAGCGAAAAAUUGAAAAGAUAAAAAGAAAAAGAAAAAGAAUUUAGACUUCUUGUUGGAUUGGCUCCGCCUCCGAACUCUUUUCUCAGUGCCACAGUCAGAGAGAAGGAACCAUGGAAAUCCAAUCGGACGGCAACGAAGACACCGUGGCCAGAAUCAAAGCCAUCAAUCAACAGCUCCAAGCUCGCAUGGAGUCCCAGCACAAUACCCACCUCGACCUUUUGGCUUCUCUCCAAUCCGUCGUGCCCAACAUCGUGUCCUCCAUCGAUCUCUCUCUGAAGGUUGUCUCAACAUUCAACCACCGACCUUUCAUUCCCACGCCCGCUCUCCCGAAGCCCAACCCCAUCCCCAUCAAACCCACCACCAAACCAGCCUUGCCCACCCACACCCAUGACCCAGAACCGAUUCGGGCUCGCGAGCCAGAGACCGAGCCGGCGAGUCCCUUGUCGGUGGUACGGUCGAUGGUGGCUGUUUGUCUCUUGGGUCGGGUCCCAUUCGCGCCGAUCGACUCGUCGACGGUGCUGAGGAAGCUGGAGAACGAUCAGAACGCGACGCCGGCGGAGAGGGCUGCGCUGAGAGAGGUCGGAGGUGAGUCCGGGGCGAUACUGGCGGUGGAGAUGGCGUUGAGGUCGAUGGGUGAGGAUAAUGGUGGGGUUGAUUUGGAGGCCUUUGAGGUGAGUGGGAAAUCACGAGUCAUGGUCUUGGGGAUCGAUAGGACUCGGCUUCUGAGAGAGUUGCCGGAGAGCAAGCACGAGAAUUUGGGUAGUGAUGUGAGUGUGAAUAAUGCGAAUGUCAAUGUGGGUCAGUUUCAGGGUCAGCAAUUGGUGGAUGUGAAUGGUGGGGUUGGAAUGUUUGGUCAGAGGCCAAUGCAGGACAUGUGGGUGGGACCUGGCGGCGAGCCGAUUAUGCCGCCGCCGGGGCCGAGGAUGCUAAGAGGAGGUGUUGGGGUGAUGGGCAGAGGGGUUGGUGUUCAUCCAAUGCAUAAUAGGCCAAUGGGUGUAAUGCAGAAGAUGAGGACAGAGGAGGAUGAUAUGAAGGAUCUUGAGGCAUUGUUGAAAAAGAAGUCUUUUAUGGAGUUGCAGAAAUCAAAGACUGGUGAGGAGCUUUUGGACCUCAUUCACCGGCCUACUGCUAGGGAAACUGCCGUUGCUGAAAAGUUCAAAACCAUAGGUGGCCCGAACCUGAAGGAGUACUGUUCAUCCCUAACAAAAGAGGAUUGUCGGCGUCAAUCUGGUUCCUUUAUGGCAUGUGAGAAGGUUCAUUUUCGGCGAAUAAUUGCUCCACAUACUGACAUCAAUUUAGGGGACUGUUCUUUUCUAGAUACUUGCCGUCACAUGAAGACAUGCAAAUAUGUUCAUUACGAGAUAGACCAAAUGCCUGAUGUGCUUCCUCCUCCAAAACCACUAAAGCGUGCUGAAUAUUGUUCAGAAGUAGAACUUGGAGAACCACAAUGGAUUAAUUGUGAUAUCCGGAACUUUAGAAUGGACAUUUUAGGGCAAUUUGGAGUUAUAAUGGCAGAUCCACCGUGGGACAUUCAUAUGGAGUUGCCUUAUGGGACCAUGGCUGAUGAUGAAAUGCGCAAUCUGAAUGUUCCUGCAUUGCAGACUCAUGGUCUAAUUUUUCUUUGGGUCACUGGACGUGCAAUGGAGCUUGGACGUGAAUGUUUAGAACUUUGGGGGUACAAGCGUAUUGAGGAGAUCAUUUGGGUGAAGACUAAUCAACUUCAGCGAAUAAUUAGAACAGGGAGGACGGGUCACUGGCUCAAUCACAGUAAGGAGCAUUGCCUUGUUGGAAUAAAGGGCAGUCCAGAAGUAAAUAGGAACAUUGAUACUGAUGUCAUUGUUGCUGAAGUUCGAGAGACUAGCCGUAAGCCAGAUGAGAUGUACCCUAUGCUGGAGAGGAUAAGUCCAAGAACAAGAAAGCUGGAAUUGUUUGCUCGCAUGCACAACACUCACGCAGGGUGGAUGUCACUCGGUAAUCAAUUGAAUGGAGUAAGAUUAGUUGAUGAAGGUCUGCGAGCAAGGUUCAAGGCCGCAUACCCAGAUGUGGAGGUGCAGCCUGCUUCCCCUCCAAGAGCUUCUGCCAUGGAAGUAGACUCUGGUCCUGCUCAAAUGAGGAGUCCCUUCUCAGCAACUGACUCGAAGUCCACAGCCAUGCAGUUUACAGAGCCUGCAGCUCAAUAGGCACCCUCUACGCUGCUUCUGAAGAGAAGCCAAUAGCCGUCAACGGUGUCACGAUUAGCCGAGUAACGUCAGUUCCAUCAUAACUCCUCAAUCAAACAGGCAUUCAAUUGCCCCUAGCAUGAUUAGAUUUUAGUAAUUUUGAGGAAUCCACCCUCCACCCUUGUUAACCUUGUCAUUUUUCUUGAAGCAUUCGGUGAUAUUUAGUCUUCUAAAAGGAAGCACAAGAAACACUUCCCUGUUUUGUUAGAUCAGGCUACAUGUGUAAAUUGUAUGGUAGAGCGUGUAAACUAGCAUUUAUUGUAGGUGCCAAGAAAGUAUAUCUCAUAGCUGUUAAUAUCUUGUUGC